ACCUGCACCGCGCAGACACACAGCUGCCGCCAUUGUCAGGGCCUUUAUUCACCACCAGCUAAGACAACACGGCCCUGGCGGAGAGUCGGUCCCCACCGCCAGGAAUGUGAGUGCCGGCCGGGCCCAUUGUGGCUGCAGGGCCGCACCGCAGGAAGCCGCACAUUGUCGGAGGAUUUACUCUUCAAUAAAAGAUUUUCCUUCAAAGCAAAAACUAAAUGAUCUUCAAAGAGGCUUUUACCCGCUUCCUAAUUCCAGCAGUUCAACCUUCAAGGACUUAGAGGGGAAUAGCCUGAAGGACAGUGGGCACGAGGAGAGCGACCAGACUGACAGCGAACACGACGUCCAGCGGGGCCUGUACUGCGACACGGCUGUCAACGACGUCCUAAACACCAGCGCCAAUUCAGUGGGGACCCAACCACCAGACCAAGAUCAGACUGAAGGUUUCCACUGCAGAGAAGAAUGUCGAAUUCUUGGUCACUCCGAUAGAUGUUGGAUGCCCCGUGUCCCCAUCCCUAGUCGAGCCAAGUCCCCGGAGCACGGAAGAAAUGUCAUUGCUUUGUCUAUAGAAGCCACCAAUGUGGACACUGAAGCCUUCGAGGACUGCAACACUAAAAGAACUUUUGCAACUUUUGGCAAAGACGGAAACGAGCAUAAUACUGAUGACGGCAGGGCUACCCUAAAAGGGAAAAGGACAGUGGAUCUGCCUAUCUGCAGCCCCAAGGUCAACGGCGCCAUUCGCGAAGCAGGAAACGGCUGUGAGGCCAUCAGCCCCAUCACUUCUCCUCUGCAUCUAAAGAGUCCUCUGCCUGCCAAACCCACCGCAACGUACAAUAUAAUGCACUGCACCGGAAACCGUGACAUGGAGCAGUUUGUAAGCAAUGGUCCUUCUCGACCUUCAGAAGCAGAGCCCCGGGGGGCAGACAGUGAAAAUGUAUUGCAUGAGAUCAAUCCAUUAUUGCAAGAAUGUCGAGAAAAAGACUCAAUGGGUGUAAAGAGACUAAAAGACAUUGUUCUCUAAGCACCAAACCUGCUGUAUGGAUAAAAAAAAAAAAAAAAAACUGAAGAAAGAAUGACUGAAAGCUAAA